CGGCCCCACAAAGCAAACCAACCCUUCCCGCCAAGCUGAUGUCACUACGUUUGUCGGUGAAAACCAACCCCUGUAGAGAAGCAAAGCGUCUGGUUCGUUGUGGGCAGUGGCGCAAAAUUGCCUGAAUGAAGAACCCGACCUGUCUUUGGGCUACUAUGGCAUCAUCAUAGGCAUCUCCGUUGGGAGCAUGUGAGGCCGCAGGAUCAAACUUUUCACCAACAAAACUGGCUCUGAGUCACUCACAAGACGUCGGGGGUCCGUGAGGUCAAGAUUUCAAUAUCACCUUAAUUUGAACCGAAAGACUCCCCAGCAGACAUUAAAUGACCUUCUUCCACCUUGCUUCUGCACGGCAUCUCUAAAUCGUCGACAACUGACAUCGAGUUCAACCUAUUUUCCCCCAUCAUUGGCCAGCACACCCAUCUAGAAAUGCCGGCAGGGAUAACGUACCCUGGGUAUGUUUCCCCUCCAUAUGAAACCGAGACCGACUGCGAACCUUUCCGGGAGAGUUGCCCUUCAUACGAUGAACGGUACUUGAAGUCCCGGACGAUAGAGCCUCCGUCAGACGACCUGGUGCAGCUGCUGCGACGAGAAUUAGAGGACAUAUUCCACGAACGGGCGGCAUGGGAGCGUCUGCAAACCAAUACUUACAAAAUCGGAUGGCUGCCGUGGCACUCUACGUGGAGCGAGUUCAACCGAUGGAGUCUGGACAAGCAAAAGCUCUUCACCAAAAGGGGGGGCUUUCCGGGAGGGUUGAGGGAGUUUGCCAACAAGGAAGUCAUCAUCUACUUCGAGUCCCAGGAUCAUGUGCUGGGAUUCAACGCGCAGAAGCUUGGGCGAUAUGUCUACCGCGAGUGGCUCCGCAUCAACGGCAGACGACCGCCCCUAUUCCGUCAUCAUGCCUUUGCCAAGGACAUUUGGUUCGAUGAGACAUGCUCGAAUCGCCCUCAAAACAUACCGGAAAUCACGUCUUUCCACAAGAGCUUUUGCGACAGUGCAUCUGAAUCCCUCGACGAACAGGCCACGUUGCAUUCCGGAUUCGAUCACUAUAAUCCACGUGGCGUACACCCUCAUAUAGCAAGCCGGUCCUGGAGAGAGCAUGGCUUUGCGCUGGGACAUCUGUUCCGAUCCCUGUUCAUGGUUGUCGACGACCAAGUCGUGGCACAUACGGAUCCCUGCCCACAUUGGGCUGAGUACCCGCACGGUAAACCCCUUUACAACUUGGAACGGCGCGUCGAAUGGCAUACAUCCCAAUUCACCGUGCUUCUUAUAAAGACAGGAGACAACGCGCAUCUUAGUGCCCCUAUCUGCUUUCAGUCUCUCUACGACUCAGCCCAGGCACUCCCGGUGAACCGGAAAGAUCUUACUCAGGGAAAUCGCAGCAUCGAGGACGACGUUGUUCGCGUCAAGAUUGGCGUGGCAAUCCAGUUUGUGUUCGACUUGCUACGCAUGGAACAGGAAGCUUUGCCCCAUGUUCUCCGGGCCGUCGAGACACUGAAAGAGGAGUUGACACGGGUAUGCGAGCAUUGGGUUGACCGUGUUCUCGAUCAUGCCCAACAAGUUGGCAUCGAUAACAACGGCUUCACGUGGCAGGCCGUCCGGCGAGCCCAGGCAAGACUGAAUGGGGAGGCGUUUGAGCUGGAUCAAGUUGACCCCUACUGGGAGCAUGUCCGCAGGCUUUGAUCGACCAUGGCCGAGACUCUGUGUAGUGUACGAGGGCAAUUGGGGAGGAAAGAUGGGUGGGUGUGGCCUUCCCCAAGUAAGCCGUGAAUGCCCUUGUCUGGGUGCGGGUCCCUUGGGGAUUCCGUCUCUCUUAUCUGCCUCAAUGUAGGUCCUGUUCUGGUAAAGGACAUAGAUGCGUGUAGCAAUGAGGAGCUGCACCCUAAUUGCACAUGGAAACAUAUCUGCAGAAUGGCGUAAAUCUCGAGGUUGCCGGUUGCCGGCGUGGGUAUAGCUUGGUUGGUGCAGAC